UCGGCUUCUGGAAUGGCGGUUGAGGAUGAGUGUAAGCUGAAAUUCUUGGAAUUAAAAGCAAAGAGGAACUACCGAUUCAUUAUCUUUAAGAUUGAGCGUCAACAAGUGGUUGUGGAGAAGUUAGGAAGUCCAGAAGAAAGCUAUGAUGAUUUCACUGCCUCUUUGCCUGCUGAUGAGUGUCGCUAUGCUGUCUUUGAUUUCGAUUUCGUUACAGAUGAAAAUUGCCAAAAAAGCAAGAUUUUCUUUAUCGCUUGGUCUCCAGACACAUCAAAGGUGAGAAUGAAGAUGGUCUAUGCCAGUUCCAAGGAUAGAUUCAAGAGGGAACUGGACGGCAUUCAAGUCGAGUUGCAAGCAACAGAUCCCAGCGAAAUGAGCCUCGACAUUAUAAAAGGGCGAGCACUUUAA